UGCGCGCUCUCGCAGCACGCGCUGCAGCCAGCCAGGCAGGCAGGCAACCGGCAGUGGACAACGACUGGAGCGCCGCAGUGAGCGCAGCCUCUGGAGCACCCGGACCACUCUCUAUUGCGAGGACCUGCUCGAAGGAGCCAGAAUGCGAAAGACCUUGAAGAUAGAGAAAAAUCAUUUGGAGGUGAAGGAGGAGGAGACAGAUAUCGCGGCCCUGUGUGUUUUGUUGAGGUGUUGCUGGAGGCGAGGGUGAGCAGACAAAAGAGGGACCGACAACCCAGAGGAGCUGUUCUGUCACCCAGGAAUAAACCAGGAGGUGGAGAAUGCUGCAAGAUGCUCUGCAAGCCAGUAGCAAUCGGCGGUGCAGUCUGAAGGCUGAAAGUAAAUAGUGGAAAACAAGAGGCGGCUUCUUUUGCGCUGCUUUGUCUUGGUGCGCCAAUCAGUGGGGCCUCCAUCUUCCUGCAUAAUGUGCCUCUUAUUAAGAGGUGGGAUUCUUCUUUUUAAAUCCCCACUGACAGUGGACUCAGUUGCCUCCAAUGCAAAGAAGCCUUAAACCAAUUAUCGGCAACUCUCAAGGCUACAGUUGAUAGUCUGGCCUCUCUGCUGUAUAACAAUGCAGGAAUCAUUUAAAAGUGAAUGUAUGAGAGACUGCAAGACUGCACCGAUCUCCUGCAGACAAACUGUCUGUUUUCCCCGUUUCCCCAUCCCACUCUUCCUGCUCCUCUUACUCACGACUCCUCCGGCUCGGACCAUACACAUGGAGGCCAUCGAGAGCCACAGCGAGUUCAGCUGUGAGCCCAUCCGACUGAGAAUGUGCCAGGAUCUGCCUUACAACACCACCUUCAUGCCCAACCUCCUGAGCCACUAUGACCAGCAGACAGCCGCACUCGCCAUGGAGCCUUUCCAUCCUGUCGUAAACCUGGUGUGCAGCCCUGACCUGAGGAUGUUCCUGUGUGCGCUCUACGCCCCCGUGUGCGUCGUCUACGGACGGGUGUCCGUGCCGUGCCGUGCCCUUUGCCAGCGGGCCAAGGGGGACUGUCAGAGACUGAUGGAAAUAUUUGGACUUACCUGGCCAGAUGACAUGGAGUGCAGCAGGUUUCCAGACUGUGAUGAUCCGUAUCCUCGCCGAGAGGACCUACAGAAAGACUCUGAGCCCACCGACCAGUCGUCCAUGACCGUCCAGAGAGACUACGGCUUCUGGUGCCCCAGAGAGCUGAAGAUAGAACCAGAGCUGGGUUACUCACUCAUGGGCAGGAAAGACUGCUCAGCUCCCUGUCCUUCCAUGUACUUCAGCCGACAGGAAGUGACCGUCACACGAUACUUCAUCGGUGUCACCUCCAUUGUCUGUCUGUCCGCAACUUUGUUCACCUUCCUUACUUUUCUCAUUGAUGUCACCAGGUUCAGAUACCCGGAGCGACCCAUCAUCUUCUAUGCGGUAUGUUAUGUCAUGGUGUCGCUGGUGUUCUUUCUGGGCUUCUUGUUGGAGGACACCGUAGCGUGCAACACUGUCAACCACGCACAGUUCAAAGCUUCAACUAUAACACAGGGCUCACACAACAAGGCAUGCACCUUGUUCUUCAUGAUCCUCUACUUCUUCACCAUGGCUGGCAGCAUAUGGUGGGUCAUCCUAACGAUCACAUGGUUCCUAGCUGCCGUGCCGAAAUGGGGCACCGAGGCCAUCGAAAAGAAAGCCCUCCUCUUUCACGCCGUGGCCUGGGGGCUCCCAGGGACUCUCACCAUCACCCUUUUAGCCCUGAACAAAAUCGAAGGGGAUGGGAUCAGUGGCGUGUGUUUCAUCGGGCUCUAUGACAUAGACGCCCUGCGGUGGUUUGUUCUGGCACCGCUCUGCCUUAACGUGGCCGUGGGCGUCUCUCUUCUCUUAGUGGGCAUCGUGGCUCUGAACCGCGUGCGCAUGGAGAUCCCCCUGGAGAAAGAGAACCAGACCAAACUGGUCAAGUUCAUGAUCCGAAUGGGCGUUUUCUCCGUGCUCUACCUCGUCCCCUUGCUUACCGUGAUUGGUUGCUACGUGUACGAGCACACCUACCGCAGCGUGUGGGAGACGACCUGGAUGGAGGAGAACUGCCGCCGCUAUCACAUCCCCUGCCCGUACAAGGUGGAGCAGCCCAGUCGACCGUCCGUGGCCUUGUUCCUCAUGAAAUACUUGAUGAUGAUGGUGGUGGGCAUCCCUUCUGCCUUCUGGGUGGCCAGCAAGAAGACCUGCUUUGAGUGGGCCAGCUUCCUGCAUGGCCGCAGCCGGAAAGACAGUGGAGUGAAUGAAUCUCGCCAGGUGCUCCAAGAGCAGCCCGACUUGGCCCAGUCGCUGCUGCGUGAACCCAACACCCCCAUCAUCAGGAAGUCUAGGGGAACGUCCACUCAGGGUACCUCCACUCACGCCUCCUCCACUCACCUGGCCGUCCUCGACGACCCGGACGAGCCCCUGAGAAGCCGCCCCGGCCAGCCCGCCUCCGCCAGGAGCAAAGCCGGCAGCGUCCACAGCAAAGCCAGUUACCACGGCAGCCUGCGCCGCGCUGGCGACGACAGGAGCGACACGGUGGUCUACAGAAGCGUCGAGGAGCGCAGUUUCCACGGUAGCGCGCCGCGUCUCGACCGUCCGCUGUCCGCGCACGGCAGCCGGAGGGAAGUGACCGAGGCCCCGCCCACUCUCAUCACGCACGGAUCCACGGGGAGCGAGAGCCGCGGUGCCGGCAAUGACGGCACCGACGCCUAACUACUCACUGCCGGGCGGUGGUAAUAGUUUUGAGGGAAACGUUGAGCGUGUUACAUGCGCAGACUGGACUCCAUUUUGUGCAAGCACACACGUACGCAAACAUUCUUGCUGUUAACAAUCCGAAAUGGCUUGUCCGCUCAUUUUUUUUAAUGACAUUUGACCAGUUUCGCUGCAGACUGUAAACUUCGUAAACUUCAUUUGUACGUGGACCUAAUGUGAAUCUGUGGACCUCCUGGUGUGUUAGUUUUAACUAUUUUUAUACUGUGAAGUGUGUGUGUGCGAGUGGGAGAUUUAAACUGUUGCGUUGUAUUAAACAACAAAAUAUGAUGAACCAACGCAAUUUAGCACUGACACAUCUGCUUAAUGCAUCUCAAUAAAUUAGGAUAUUGUGAAAACUUUAUUUAUUUUAGUUGUUCAAUUCAAAAAGUGAAACUUAAAUAGAUUCACAACACAAAGUAAAAUAUUUCAUCAAUUCUAAUUAGUUUAUGAAAAGAAAAUUGUAUUAUAUAAGAAACACUCAAAAAUGAUUUGUAUGUUGUUUAAUUGAGUUUCACUUUGGGAAUUGAGCUUAUUGAAUUUAUCGUUGAGAUUCGCCUGUGUAUAUUCAAACAAUUUUACCUUGAUACAUAACAGAAAACACUGAUUACUUUCAUUACUACACUUGAUAAAAGUAUUUUAACCCGCUCAUCUAUAAAUGUUUCUUUUGCUCCUGUGACUCACUACAUGAUCUCUUUUUGUAAAUACGCUAUGAUUCUUCGUUCAUGUGAACCUACCUCGCCUGUGUGAUCGGCCUUCUGUGCUCCCCAUCAAAGCAUCUUUUACCGUCACGUCACACGCACACACAACUACAAACAUUCUCCAUCCUCAUCAACAAAUUUGCCUUCUGCCUCUCCUGCCUGUAACCAUACACUCGUUUUGUUUUGAACCUACAAGCGUCUGUGUUCUUACAGACCAUAUAAAAACAUUUUUUUUUUUAAAAAAACGUCUCACUGAACAAAUUAAGCGCAACAUAAGUGACCUGGACAGAUGAUAAAAAAUAAAAAAACUCAGCCCGAAUUGGUUGAAUUUGUCUUCGGGUGUGAGGUGCAGCAACAUUCUUUUCUAGAUGUCAUAUUGUGAUAGAAUUGAUGUGUGCAACUGUGGUGGCAUUAAAUGGAAAUGUCACAGUGUAUCAAAACAUUGUAAAUGAAAAGCCUCAAUUGUUUGUUUUAAUUUAUUUAUUUGCAGUGUGUAACUGCUUUAACUACUUUUACAUGCAGUCUAAUAAACUUUUUUAUGGACUUUG